AUGGCGGCCUACUACAACGGCGGCAGGCCCAUGUCCUACUCCACCACCGAGGAGUCCUUCGACGGCGGCAGGACCGUGUACUCCACCACCACCGAGGAGUGCUACGACGCCGGCAAGCUCGGCCAUGGUACCGGCUACGGCCACGCUCAGAGCCAUGGCAAUGGCGGGACCAACAUGUACUCCAACACCACUGAUGUCGAGCGCUUCGACUCCAGCAUGCAUGGGCAUGGCGGCGGCGGUGGUGGCAGGACCAUGUACACCACCACCACCACCGACGAGUGCUUUGACUCCGUCAGGCCCGGGCAUGGGUACGGCCACGGCUACGGGCAGAACGACGGUAGGGCCAUGUCGUACACCACCACCACCACCGAGUCCUUCGGCGGAGGCGAGCAGGGGCAGGGGUACUACAAGAAGGAGGUGACGCAGCACAAGAACAGGGAGCGCGUCGGCGAGGCCGCCGCCCUCGCCGCCGGUGGCUUCGCCCUGUAUGAGGGGUAUGAGGCGAAGAAGGACCCAGCGCACGCACGGAAGCACCAGAUUGAGGCCGGCCUGGCAGGGGCGGCGGCACUCGGCGCCGGCGGCUACGCCUACCACGAGCACCGCGAGCAGAAGCAGCCCGGCUACGGCGGGAAGCAGGAGUACAGGAUGCCUGUCCACAACAGCUACUGCAACUAA